GACAACGCAGGCAGAGCGCUGCACAUCUACGCAUCCUUCCAUUUCUUAAAUUAGCCACUUUCAGCCUCGAGAUACCGCCCCCAAUUUCAGUGUCGGUACGGAGCCGCCAGGCCGGGACAGAGACGGAGAGAGAGCCCUCGGCCAUGGAAGCGCUCGGACCCGGCCCGCCUGCCCCUACCUCCCUCUUCCAACCACCACGCCGGCCCGGCUUGGGUACGGUGGGGAAGCCGAUUCGCCUGCUGGCCAAUCACUUCCAGGUGCAGAUCCCCAAGAUCGACGUCUACCAUUAUGACAUCGACAUCAAGCCUGAAAAGCGACCCCGCCGGGUCAACAGAGAGGUGGUGGACACGAUGGUGAGACAUUUUAAGAUGCAGAUCUUUGGGGACAGGCAACCUGGUUAUGAUGGCAAGAGGAACAUGUAUACGGCGCAUCCGCUACCUAUCGGGAGAGACAGGGUGGAUCUGGAGGUGACAUUGCCAGGUGAGGGGAAGGAUCAGACCUUCAAGGUGUCUCUGCAGUGGGUGUCAGUGGUGAGUCUGCAGAUGCUCCUGGAAGCUCUGUCUGGUCACUUGAAUGAGGUCCCGGAGGAUUCUGUACAGGCUCUGGAUGUCAUCACUCGUCACCUGCCCUCCAUGCGGUACACUCCAGUAGGUCGUUCCUUCUUCUCACCACCAGAGGGGUAUUACCACCCACUGGGAGGAGGGAGGGAGGUUUGGUUUGGUUUCCAUCAGUCUGUCCGUCCAGCAAUGUGGAACAUGAUGCUCAACAUAGAUGUUUCAGCUACAGCCUUCUACCGAGCCCAGCCUGUCAUUGAGUUCAUGUGUGAGGUUCUGGACAUCCAGAACAUCAACGAGCAGACCAAGCCCCUUACAGAUUCACAACGUGUCAAGUUCACCAAGGAGAUCCGAGCAUUUACUUACAAUAGUGAAAGACGUCUUCCCUCAGGACUGAAAGUGGAGGUCACACACUGCGGCCAGAUGAAGAGGAAGUACCGUGUGUGCAAUGUCACACGUCGCCCAGCCAGCCAUCAGACAUUUCCUUUGCAGCUCGAGAAUGGACAAGCUAUGGAGUGCACCGUUGCCCAGUAUUUCAAACAAAAGUACAGCCUGCAGCUCAAAUACCCCCACCUGCCCUGCCUCCAGGUGGGGCAAGAACAGAAGCACACCUAUCUGCCCCUUGAGGUUUGUAACAUAGUGGCAGGACAGCGCUGUAUAAAGAAACUAACAGAUAACCAAACCUCGACCAUGAUUAAAGCUACGGCCCGCUCAGCCCCAGACAGGCAGGAAGAGAUCAGCAGACUGGUCAAAAGCAACAGCAUGGUGGGCGGGCCUGACCCUUACCUGAAAGAGUUUGGCAUCGUGGUGCACAAUGACAUGACAGAGGUGACAGGGCGGGUCCUCCCAGCGCCCAUGCUUCAGUAUGGGGGCCGGGUGAGUACAGACACUGGGAGGGACUGUAGCAGGGGACUCUCUCCCCAGAACAAGACGGUGGCCACACCCAACCAGGGUGUCUGGGACAUGAGGGGAAAGCAGUUUUAUGCGGGUAUAGAGAUUAAAGUGUGGGCCGUGGCCUGCUUUGCCCCUCAGAAACAAUGCAGAGAGGAUUUGCUCAAGAGUUUCACUGACCAGCUGCGCAAGAUCUCCAAGGACGCAGGGAUGCCCAUCCAAGGCCAGCCCUGCUUCUGCAAGUACGCCCAGGGGGCAGACAGCGUGGAGCCGAUGUUCAAGCAUCUCAAAAUGUCUUAUGUGGGACUACAGCUCAUUGUGGUCAUUCUGCCUGGGAAAACUCCAGUCUAUGCGGAAGUGAAGCGUGUGGGAGAUACUCUGUUAGGAAUGGCCACUCAGUGCGUUCAGGUGAAGAAUGUGGUGAAGACGUCCCCUCAGACGCUGUCCAAUCUCUGUCUGAAGAUCAAUGCCAAACUAGGGGGCAUCAACAAUGUGCUGGUGCCACAUCAAAGGCCCUCAGUGUUCCAGCAGCCGGUCAUCUUCUUGGGGGCCGAUGUCACUCACCCACCUGCGGGCGAUGGGAAAAAACCGUCCAUUGCGGCUGUGGUGGGAAGCAUGGAUGGGCACCCUAGCCGCUAUUGUGCCACCGUGCGAGUGCAAACCUCACGCCAGGACCUGUCCCAGGAGCAGUUCUACAGCCAGGAAGUCAUCCAGGAUCUCACCAACAUGGUGCGAGAGCUCCUCAUUCAGUUCUACAAGUCUACCCGAUUCAAGCCCACACGCAUCAUCUACUACCGCGGAGGAGUCUCUGAGGGCCAGAUGAAGCAGGUUGCCUGGCCAGAGUUGAUCGCCAUCAGGAAAGCUUGCAUCAGUCUAGAAGAGGACUACAGACCAGGAAUCACUUACAUCGUAGUGCAGAAACGUCACCACACUCGACUCUUUUGCUCGGACAAAGCAGAGAGGGUCGGAAAGAGUGGCAAUGUCCCAGCAGGCACUACAGUGGACAGCACCAUUACACACCCCUCAGAGUUUGACUUCUACCUGUGCAGCCAUGCUGGUAUCCAGGGCACAAGCCGUCCCUCUCACUAUCACGUCUUGUGGGAUGACAACUGUUUCACGGCCGACGAACUGCAACUGUUGACUUACCAGCUCUGCCACACCUACGUGCGCUGCACACGCUCCGUCUCUAUCCCCGCACCAGCCUACUAUGCCCGGCUUGUGGCGUUCCGUGCCCGCUACCACUUAGUGGACAAAGACCAUGACAGUGCUGAGGGCAGUCACGUAUCAGGACAGAGUAAUGGCCGAGACCCUCAGGCCCUGGCUAAGGCGGUCCAGAUUCACUAUGAUACCCAGCACACUAUGUACUUCGCCUGACGUCAACCAGCAGGAGACGCACUUCUACACUCCCUCUUCAAUCUCUCGCUCUCUCUCUCUCGCGCUCUCGCUCUAUCUCUCUCUCUCUCUCUCUCUCUCUCUCACUCUCUCUCUUUCACACUCUUCCUGUUUCUCUCUAUCGCGUCUUCAUCUGCAGCAAAGCAGUUCUGAAGCCAGGGGGCCAUCUGUCAGUCCAGUCGAAAUUGGUCGGCCUCGGAAGAACCAACCUCUACCAGCAGUCCUGCACUGAGAGGCUUUUGGCCUCCAAUGCACAGAGGAAAAAAAAUCAAAUUGAGCCAUUUUUAACUUUUCAUUUCUUGUUUUGAUUUUGAAUGUCUUUUUAAUUUGUAAUAUACACUGAGUGUGAGCAAACCUGCGCCAUUGGUCAGGGCAGCUCUGGCUCUCUCAGCUAAGCUGGACUCUGUCUACUUUUACCUCAAGCCGCCAUCGGCUGAAUCUUGUCACAUGUCUUUUGGGGCGGGUGGGGUGGAUCUUGCAUGUCGGGGUGGGAGGGUUUGACUUGGAUGGGUUUGUGUUUCUCCUUUUUAUGGUCGUAUUUGGACUCUCUCCUCUCAGUCUUUUACAAACGAGGUGACCUGGGUAUACAUACCCAUUACCCGCUCCCAUUUUGUGCGCUCGUGUGGAUGUACGUUUGUUUGUGUGUAUGUAAAAGUAUGUAUGUGUAUGUGUUUGUGUGAAUGUGGGUUCAUGUCUCAUGGCAGGCCACUGAAUUGUAAAGGGAAAUCUAGGAGCAAACUGCUGUAAAUGCCUCUUCUUUUUUUAUAUUAACACAGAUAUAUAAAAAAAUAUAUAAAUAUUUACAGCUCUAUAAGCAUAUUCCACUUGAUCUAACAGGCUUUCAUAAGCUGAUGGUUUUGUGUAGCAGUAGCAUUACCCAUGGUCUCCUCUGUGACUGUUGGGGUUGUCGGACCUGGGCAAACAGGGCUUGGUACAGGUGCCAUUCUGCCUGUGGCAAGACAGGAAACGCAUGCGUCUUAUUCGGAUAGUUAUUUUACAGGGUUGAAAGGUAUGGCCAUUGCACAGUUACAGACGUAGCGCUAACGUGCCGUCUGAUAGGCUAGGCUUGCAACAUUACAGCACUCUCCCUUCUUUUAUGCAUUUAUACAUAAGAUUCAAAUCAGAUUUGUAAGAGUUUAAUAUAAAUGGUUUUUUGUGGUAAACUUUAACAGUUUGUUAGAGUAGAUAAUCGUUGUUCUCGUCGUUCUUAAUGUUGAUAUUGAUCAGUUGUUUGCAAAUCGGUCGCAUAAUUAAUUGAUCCAGGAGUCAUUGUGGUUGUUAACGGAGAGUGUUUGUUCCUUUUUUUUUGUUUGUUUUUUUUGUUUUGUUUUUUAAUACAGCUUAAUUUCUUGUAGAGUUGUGGUAAUGAGGGCCCAAAAUGCUUUGGUUUGUCCACUUAAUCUUUUUUUUUUUUAAAUGUUUGAACUGAUCAAAUUUGGAGUUUUAGCUCAUUUCUGUACCAAGUUAAUGGGGGGAAAAAAAGUGGAGUGACAAAUCAGAACUUUUUGGGGGUAAAUCUUAGCAAUCUUCCGCAGUUAUAUGGAUUUUACACUUAAAGUGUGUUUAUUACUUCUGUGUGUAUAUGAACUUGAAUCUAUAAUAUAAAUCUGAAUGAAUUUUCUCUUGCGUAUUAAAAAUAGGACACCAUACAUUAAGACACACGAGCAUAAGCACUGCCUUUGGACUGAACGGCACCGAUGGUGCGGUUUGAAGGGUCUCCAGCGCGCACGCCUCGUCGGGGGGCCGCUCUGCAAAAACCCUUUUGUAAUAAACCAUCCGUAAAGCAGCAGGUUUGCUAUGAAUGAGUUUGAGCACCAGCCUGUCGUUGGCGUGGACGCUGGUCCCAUGAAUGAAGAACAGGAAGUGGGCAAGGGCAUUACAUGCAAUAAAUUGGAUUUGCGCGUCGAAUGCUAAAUGGGUUACUCAAUGUCACAGCUUCCAGAGAAUAAUGCGUUUGAGUUGUGUGUGUGUGUGUGUGUGUCCUUUUAGGCAUUUUCGCUAAAAUGUUACAUGACAUUUAAUUCCAGUUUGUAUCAUGAUAUCAUUGCAAAGCAAUAUAACCCAAAAUCUAGAACAAUUUAAAAGCUGUAAUACUUUUUUGUCUGUGGCUGUUGGUUGGAUUCCUAUUGCCAUUUGUGUUUAUGUACUUAUUUUGCUUGUAUCAAUCAGUGGGAAUGUGCAUAUGGUGGACUAGCUCUUUAGGCUAUGUGGAAAAUUUUCAAAUUUAAACUGUGUUCGCCUGCAUGCCAGAGUAUUGUUCUAAUCUCUUAUAAAAUAUUUAUUAUGGCGCAGAAGUUUUUUUUUUAUUAGUAAAUCAAUACAGUGAGACUGUUUUGAGUAGCGAUGUUGUCCGGUCUCUUUUACAGGAUUUAAAAAAUUUCUCCAGAAAUGUCAGUAACUCUGAGGGACAGAUUCGAGGGCUGAAGGGGUGCGGAUGUCAGUCUUUGGGAGCUCCAACCCAAACGAGGUACUUUCUUCAAUCCCUGGGCCGCUCAGACUGACCUCCUCACCCUUUCUUUCCGUCCUCAUGCUGAUGAGGAGCCCUUUUACCCACUGUCUUGUACCCUCUAUGCUCUCGGGCUCUCCAGUGCUGUGGCGCCGCCCUGGUGGCACCUCCACACAUGCACUUCCUCUCUGCAUGUGGUGGGCCCCGAGGGUCCACUGCACAAGGAUAUUACCUCUUUUAACUUUUUUUUUUUUUUUUUUUUUUUUAAACCGUUCUCUGUCCCGAUUUAAAGAGAGCAUGAUUUUUUUUUUUUUUUUUAAUUCCUAUUUGAUAUAUGGCUUUGUUAUUUGAAAAAUGUGUAUUGUAAUUUAAGUUUUUGUUUCUCUUACUGGUGUGUAGCUUUUUUGUGCUGUUCUAUUCUCGUGUUCUGAGCUGUGUGACUUGUCCAGUAGCAAUAGGGGCACUUUCUUUGACCUGCUGGGGAACGCUCAGGACCUCCUGUAGCUUCUCCUAUCCGAGUGCCCCGUCAGUUGCUGUACUGCUUUGUGACAUUUAAAAAAAAAAAAUCUCCCCCCUUUUUUUAGCCUGCAGGGAAUAUUUGUGUUAUUGUGCAAAGUAAUAAAUUGGUAUUUUAUGCCUAUAACACACA